GACGUGUUUCCGGCCUUAAAGGCAUUUCGCCCUUCCCUUUAAGACGCGCCGCCCCUUCUCAGUCACUCCCAAGAUGGCGGACCUACUGGGCUCCAUCCUGAGCUCCAUGGAGAAGCCACCCAGCCUCGGUGACCAGGAGACUCGGCGCAAGGCCCGAGAGCAGGCUGCCCGCCUGAAGAAACUACAGGAGCAAGAGAAACAACAGAAAGUGGAGUUUCGUAAAAGGAUGGAGAAAGAGGUGUCAGAUUUCAUCCAAGACAGUGGGCAGAUCAAGAAAAAGUUUCAGCCAAUGAACAAGAUAGAGAGGAGCAUACUACACGAUGUGGUGGAAGUGGCCGGCCUGACAUCCUUCUCCUUCGGGGAAGAUGAUGAGUGUCGCUAUGUCAUGAUCUUCAAAAAGGAGUUUGCACCCUCAGACGAAGAGCUGGACUCCUACCGUCGUGGCGAGGAGUGGGACCCUCAGAAGGCUGAGGAGAAACGGAAGCUGAAGGAGCUGGCCCAGCGGCAGGAGGAAGAGGCAGCCCAGCAGGGACCUGUGGUGGUGAGCCCCGCCAGCGACUACAAGGACAAGUAUAGCCACCUCAUCGGCAAGGGGGCAGCCAAGGAUGCAGCCCACAUGCUACAAGCCAACAAGACCUACGGCUGUGUGCCUGUGGCCAACAAGAGGGACACACGCUCCAUUGAAGAGGCCAUGAAUGAGAUCAGAGCCAAGAAGCGUCUGCGGCAGAGCGGGGAAGAGUUGCCACCUACCUCCUAGGCACCCCAGCUCCCUGGGGCAGGGCAGAGGGCAGGGAGGGGCAAGGCUGCUGCUAUGAGAACCCGUCCUGGAGCCCCGCCUCUGAGUCACCUCCUAAGAGCUGUCACUCAGGCUGGGGGAAGCAGGGGUUUGAUUUGUCACUGUCGGAGCUUGGAUAUGUAUGUGUUGUCUGUGUGUGUGUGUGCAUGUGUGUGUGAAAGAGUGUGAGUGCAUGGGUGGGUAUUUAAUCUGUAUUAUUCUCCAUUCUCCUUGAAAUUUUCUUCCCCAUGGGGCUGGGGUUACUUUACAUUCAAUAAACACUGUUUGACCCAA